CCAAGAUAGUCAAAUCUGGAUCGGCAUUCAGUAAUGAACAUGUGUGAUUUUAAUCAACUUCUUAUUCCUAUGACUUCAGUGUGGGUUGAUAGCUGUUUGUUACUCAAUUAAUCUGAGUGUAAAUGAGAGCUUGAUGUUGCACUCUUUAUUUCAUUCGUAGCUAAUGUAAGUUUAUUGAUCUUUGGACGAUCGGUUCGUUUUAGUGACAAGUAGUGUUCAGGUUAAAUUGUAUAUUCUCUGGAUUUGUUGGCGACUUGAUUUACCAUGGGGUUUUCCUACAGACCCAAAUUUCCUGUAGUGAUCUACUUUUUCCUGCUUAUCGGCUCAUCUUAUUGUGAGGUGUUCACGGCAUUAACAGAUUUAGAGGAGUUAUUAUCGACAGAGAAUUAUUUGAUAACUACUCUAGAAAAUUAUGUAAGGGCGGAAGAAGCAAGAUUGGACCUUUUGAAAAAGUAUGCCGAAUUGUACAGAAAACACCACGACAGGGCAUCUGAAAAUGUCGAAUCCUACGUUUCGAAUCCUAUUAAUGCAUAUGUGCUAGUGAAAAAAUUGACUACAGAUUGGCAACAAGUUGAGUCACUCAUCACUACAGAUGUAACAACAGAUUACAUGGCCAACAUAACCUUCAUCAAGGAAAACAUGAAAUUCCCAACAUACGAGGACCUGAAUGGGGCAGCUGUCGCUUUAACAAGGUUGCAGGAUACCUACAACCUAGAAACCUCUUCUCUGGCCCGUGGGGAGCUGAACGGAGUGAAAUACAGCGCCGAGUUGUCAGCCGCUGAUUGUUUCGAACUAGGCAGACAAUCCUAUAACAACGGGGAUUAUUACCACACUCUCCUCUGGAUGAGGGAAGCUGAUCUGCGAUUGAACAGAGAAUCGAAUGACACUGUUGAUAGGAGCGACAUAUUGGAGUAUUUGGCGUUUUCUACGUAUAAACAAGGAAAUAUUCCUCUCGCUUUGGACUUGACCAACAAACUCCUUGAGAUUAUUCCAGGGCAUCCAAGAGCUCUAGGAAAUCGAGUAUAUUAUGAAGAUGAAUUACAAAAAUUCAACCAAUUGAAGAGGAAAGGAGAGGAAGGAGAGCAGCAAGAUCAGUCUGAUGAAGAUUAUCAUGAUGUCCACAGGGAAACCUACGAAGCCCUUUGUCGUGGAGAGAUUUCUCCACCAAUUGAGAUAACAUCUCAACUCAAAUGCGUAUACGUGAACCAUGGAAAUCCCUUCCUGUUUCUGGCUCCUUUCAAGGUUGAGGAAGCUUAUUUCAAUCCUAACAUAUACAUCUUUCAUGACGUGAUGAGUGAUGACGAAAUCGAAACUGUGAAAAGACUCGCAACACCUAGGUUCAGAAGAGCCACUGUACAAAAUUCCCAAACUGGAGAGCUCGAGAUAGCUCAAUAUAGAAUCAGCAAAUCUGCUUGGUUGAAGGAGCAUGAGCACAAGCACAUAGCAGACAUAACCCAGAGGGUAGCGGACAUGACCAUGCUGUCUAUGGACUCGGCAGAAGAGCUUCAAGUUGUUAAUUAUGGAAUAGGAGGUCAUUAUGAACCACACUUCGAUUUUGCAAGGAAAGACGAGAAACAUGCCUUCAAGGACUUAGGUAGUGGUAACAGGAUUGCCACUGUUUUGUUCUAUAUGAGUGACGUUGCUCAAGGUGGAGCAACAGUUUUUCCCAAUAUUCUAGCAUCAGUGUGGCCUAAAAAAGGCACAGCUGCCUUCUGGUAUAAUCUUCAUGAUAGUGGAGAUGGUGACGUCAACACAAGACAUGCAGCUUGUCCUGUUUUGGCGGGUUCUAAAUGGGUUUCAAAUAAAUGGAUCCAUGAGAAAUACCAAGAGUUCCUAAGGCCGUGUUCACUUGUGAGGCCACCUCCUGAGCUUACUACUUGAAAAAAGUUGAGACUGUUUACUGCAAUAUACUAAUAAGAAUAUAGGAUCUAAUGGAAUCUUUACAAAGCCAAAUUUCUAUUAUAAUUUAGGAAAAAAGUAUUGAAUUGAUGUUAUAAUCCUGAAUUUGUUUUUGGAAAACAUCUAAUAUUUUAUAUAUGAAUAAAGUUUUAUUUAUUAAAUACUAAA